AUGACUAUGACCACGAUAAAGAUCAACACUCCUCCACCUUACUUGACGUUGGCCCGUGAUGAGCAUUUGCCCGUCGUGAUGAGUGUGGCUGGCACCGAUUCGAGUGGUGGUGCCGGUAUCGAAGCAGAUGUUAAGACUAUUACAGCCCAUAGAUGCUAUGCGAUGACCUGUGUCACUGCUCUCACUGCACAAACUCCGGCAGAGGUUUUCAAAGUACAUCCUACCCCAAAGGAAUUCGUUCAAAAGGUGUUGGAUGUCAAUUUACAAGAUAUGGAAUGUCAUGUUAUCAAGACUGGCAUGUUGACAGUAGACGCAGUGAAUGUUUUAAGUUCGAAGCUCCGCAGUUUGCCCGCUGAAGAGAGACCAAAACUUGUGGUUGAUCCAGUGCUAGUGGCGACUUCUGGCUGCGCAUUGGGUGGGAGUGACCUUGUCAAAGCUAUCAAGGAAGAGUUGACACCUUUGGCUGACCUAUUGACACCCAACAUCCCCGAAUGUUUUGAAUUGGUGGGUCAAAAGAGUAAAAUAGCCUCAAUGACUCAACUUUGCGAAUUGGCUGAGAAAGUAUCAAAUGCAACAAGCUGUUCAAACGUGUUGGUGAAAGGUGGCCACAUUCCCUGGGAUGAUGAGCAGAGAAAGUACAUUACCGAUGUGCUUUACGUCGGUUCUGAGAGCAAGUGUAUCGUUUAUAAGGGAAACUACAUUGACACUACACACACUCAUGGCACUGGUUGCACUUUAGCCUCUGCAAUCUCGUCGAACCUGGCCCGGGGGUUUUCAUUGGGCCAAGCCGUUUACGGUGGUAUUGAAUACGUGCAAAAUGGUAUCAGCAUCGGUUGUGAAGUAGUCAAAUCGCAUAUCACCAAUAAUGGCCCAAUUAACCAUGUAUAUGCAAUUGAAAUACCACUAGAGAAAAUGGUCCAAGACGAAUGUUUCAAUGCGCAUGACAUCGUUACCAAAUCAGUCACUCUAGAUCAAAUCCCAGGCGAAGGCGAUUUUUUCCAGUACUUGAUCAAUCAUCCUAAGGUGAAACCUCACUGGGAAAGCUAUGUCCACCAUGAUUUCGUUAAACAAGUCGCCCAGGGUACUCUCAAACGUGAAAAAUUCCGUUUCUUCAUUGAGCAGGACUAUGCAUAUCUCAUCGACUACGCCCGUGUUCACUGCAUAGCAGGAAGCAAAGCCCCAACGUUAGAGGACAUCGAAAAGGAAUUGAAUAUUGUUGGCAGUGUAAGAAAUGAAAUGGGUCAGCACGAAAAGAGACUAGUAGAAGAAUUUGGUGUCAAGGAUAAAGAAUAUUUCCAAAAGAUCCAAAGGGGACCAGCUUUAAACAACUACUCUAGAUAUUUCAACGAUAUCGCAAGAAGAGGCAAUUGGCAGGAACUUGUCGCCUCUCUCUCCCCAUGUUUAAUGGGUUACGGUUAUGCGCUCAUCAACCAGAAAAAGUUCAUCACUGUAGAAGAAGACGAUGUCUAUUACGAGUGGUGCCAAACUUACCUCUCGGUAUGGUACCAGGAUGCAAUGGCUAGAGGCAAGGAACUACUGAACCAAAUUGCACUAACGGGCUCUAAAGCAGAGCUCGACACUCUCGUCACAAUCUUUGCAGACGUUUGCGAACUAGAGACUAAAUUCUGGGACGCUGCAGUCAACUAUACAAGUAAUUAA